AGAGAAGGGGCGGGGUUACGAGGCGCGCCGCGGGCCGGGAAAAGCUCCGGAGCUGCAUCUAAUACCAUCUAAUGCCUCGGGGCGCCCUGCGCCCCGCCCAGAACCGAGCGCGCCGGCGCCUGUGUGCCAGCCGGGAGGCGCGGCGGCGGCUGGCGGAAGGGCGGGGUAGUCAAGCCUCACCGAGCCUGUCAGCGAGGGCGCCUACGAGCGCGUGUUUUGCUUGGCUCCGUGGGGCUUCCGGGCGUGGGCAGCAACCUGCUAGUGCUCGUCAUCUACCUCAAGUUACCGCAGCCCCGCCCGCCUCCUCCUGCUCCGCGUCAGCCUCGGUGAUCUGCUACCGUCCGUCCUCCAGGCCGCGCUGGCUUUCGCGUUCCCCCUGAGGGGCAGCAGGGUUGGGGGUCACCACGAUCGGCGAGUGGGACGGCGAGUGGGCUUCAGCAGCAGCAGCCUGGGAGGGGAUCUUCUCAACCCAGGGAUGGAACCUGUGUCUCCUGCAUUGACCGGCGGAUUCUGGAGUAAAUUCCAAACAUUAUGCUUCUAGAGCAGAAUUCCAGUCACAAAUCCAUAUGUGCUACAUUUUGACAUGCACUGCUAAGAUGAAACACAAAAAUGAACACCGUAUACUUGUUUUAUUAUUCUCAGAUAUGAUUAGAUGUACUUUAUCAUGGUUUUAUGCUACUGACCUAUAAGAAAAUAAUACUAAAAAAGGGUAGCAGCUGAAUACCUGGGACCUGCAACUUCAGUAUUUCUGGGAUGAUCUGGAAUAUCACAAGGAGAGAUUUUAUUACAGCAUAGUCACACCUUCUCUGAACCCUCAGCCCAGAUUCAUACACAUUUUCUUCAUUAGAAGUUGUCACCAGAUACUUUUCCAGGAUGGCCAACAGUCUCCCAACAGAAUUUGAUGUGAUAGUGAUGGGGACAGGUCUGCCUGAAUCCAUCCUUGCCGCUGCAUGUUCCAGAAGUGGUCAAAGGGUUCUGCAUCUCGAUUCAAGAAGUUACUAUGGGGGAAACUGGGCUAGUUUCAGCUUUCCAGGAUUGCUGUCCUGGUUGAAGGAACAUCGGCAAAACAGUGACACUGUGGAAGAAAGCCCUGCUGCAUGGCAAGACAUGAUCCAUGAAACAGAAGAAGCCAUCCCUCUUUGCAAGAAGGAUGAAACCAUUCAACACGCCGAAGUUUUUUGUUAUGCCAGUCAGGGCAUGGAUGGCAAUAUUGAAGAGCUUGAUGCUCUGCAGAAAAAUCCUUCUUGUGUAGCAUCUAGUACCCUCAUAAAACCUCUGGAUUCUACAAGCUUGUCUGAGGAAACACACUCAUCACACAUUACUAGCUAUGAAGUGCCUACAAAAGACACUCCAAAAAACAAUGAAGAAAUAACUGAUACGGCAGAAACGUCUGUGAAAGAAGAAUAUUGUGGGUAUGAUACUUAUAAACACACACUUUCAGAUGGCACUAAAGAUGAAAUCAAACCUGUAUUGGAAGACAACAGUGGGCCACCAAAGAGAAAGAGGAUUGCUUACUCUCAAAUAGUUAAAGAAGGCAGGAGGUUUAAUAUUGAUCUGUCAUCGAAGUUGCUUUAUUCUCAAGGACUGUUAAUUGAUCUGUUAAUCAAAUCAAAUGUUAGUCGUUACGCUGAAUUUAAAAAUGUCACUAGGAUUCUUGCAUUUCGAGAAGGAAAAGUAGAGCAGGUGCCUUGUUCCAGAGCAGAUGUCUUUAAUAGCAAAGAGCUCACUAUGGUUGAAAAGAGGAUGCUAAUGAAAUUUCUUACAUUUUGUUUAGAUUAUGAACAACAUCCUGAGGAAUACCAAGCUUUCACACAAUGCUCAUUUUCAGAGUACUUGAAAACCAAAAAAUUAACCCCCAGCCUCCAACAUUUUAUACUUCACUCAAUUGCCAUGAUGUCAGAAUCAUCUUGCACUACAGUAGAUGGCCUUAAAGCAACAAAAAACUUUCUUCAGUGUCUUGGACGGUUUGGCAACACUCCCUUUUUAUUUCCCUUAUAUGGCCAAGGCGAAAUUCCCCAGUGUUUCUGCAGGAUGUGUGCAGUUUUCGGUGGAAUAUAUUGUCUUCGCCAUAAAGUACAAUGCCUUGUAGUUGACAGAGAAUCUGGAAGAUGUAAAGCAAUUAUAGAUCACCUUGGUCAAAGGAUAAAUGCUAAAUAUUUCAUUGUGGAGGAUAGUUACCUGUCUGAGGAAACAUGUUCCAGUGUGCAGUACAAGCAGAUAUCCAGGGCAGUGCUCAUUACAGAUCAAUCUGUCCUAAAGACAGAUUCAGAUCAGCAGAUUUCCAUUUUGAUAGUACCUCCGGUGGAACCAGGAGCACAUGCUGUCCGAAUCAUUGAAUUAUGUUCUUCAACCAUGACAUGCAUGAAAGACACCUACCUGGUACAUCUGACCUGUUCAUCUUCCAAAACAGCAAGAGAAGACUUAGAAUCAGUGGUGAAGAAAUUAUUCACCCCGUAUUCUGAGACAGAAGUAGACAAGGAAGAACUUCCAAAGCCAGGACUCUUGUGGGCUCUUUAUUUUAACAUGAGAGAUUCCUCGGGAGUCAGCCGAAGCUCAUAUAAUGGCUUGCCUCCCAACGUUUAUGUCUGCACUGGGCCUGACUGUGGACUCGGAAGUGAGCAUGCUGUCAAGCAAGCUGAAACACUCUUCCACGAGAUCUUCCCAAGUGAAGAAUUCUGCCCCCCACCUCCAAAUCCAGAAGACAUUUUCUUUGACGGUGAUGAAAAGCCAUCAGAGCCUCUUGGAACCAGUAAUAUAGUAAUGGCCAAACUAGAAUCCUCUGAGGGAAGCAAAAACCUAGAAAGUUCAGGGAAGCACCUUCAAAAUUAGAAAAAAAAAACAAACUGGAAAUGCUACUUUGGGCCUUCGUCCUGGCACCAGAAUAUUCUCAUUUAAAGGACAGUUUCCUGUAGGAGUAAUUAGAUGUGGUUAUAUGAUGAAUGUCAUGCAGAUGUCUAUAAUUCUCUUUGUGACUUUUAGUCAUUGGAUGCCUUUGUUAACCUAUCAGUGACUGAUGUAUUGGGUAUUGGACUUGUUUUGUUUCAGAAUGGGCUCCAUGACCCAGAAUUAGCUUUAUUUUAGUACUGGGUAUAUAUGUGAGAGUUCCGUGUUAGCAAUGGUGCUUAAAGGAAGAUGAUAUUAUAUCUGCUGAUUAUCUUCAAAUUUUAUUAUUGUCUACAGAACGGUGAUAUCUAAGGAAUAUUUAAAUUAUUUUUACAGCUAUUACAGUUGCUACCACCUCUGAGUAGUGAAACACAGGAAAUUAUGUGGGUCUUUUGUUUAUAAUAGAAACAUAUAGAUAUGGUGGCAGCAAUAGCAACUAAUGCAAGUGCCAAUGUGAUAAAAUAUGUAAUUGUUGGAAGAAUAGUUUUGCAUGAUCUUUUAUUUGUAAAGGUGAUGGUUAGAAUUCAUCUUGCAGUUUAAUUCUCCUGGUUGACCCUUGUAGUCAAUGAGGCAGUGAUGUCAUCCCAGUCUUAUACAUUGGAAAGAGUCAGAGAGUUCAGUUAGUAGUUGCAAAGCUCAUUCUUGGGAGGUUUGGUCCAAAGAAAAUCUAGGGGGAAAGAUUAGUUCUGGUUCAAUACUUCAGAAGAUUUAUGCAGAGCACAAAAGAACUUCUAAGUAAUUCAGGCUAAAGAAAAAAUAAACUGCUCCAGGAAAAGAUAUUUCAGAAUGCCUGAAGCAUUUUUAACCUGGGAUUACAGAUGGUUUUAAAAAUCCAUCUGUGAGUAGAUUUCCCAAGAUUUCUCAAUGGAAGUGAAGUAUACCAUUUGUUGGCACCACCACUUUAAUUAGUAACACUACUGUUGUUAGGAGUAAAUCAGAGGAAGCUUUACCAUGCCCCUUUGGUUGUGUCCCAGCAAGUAACAAGGUGGAUGCCUUCAUAAUCAGCUCCUGCCUCUUAGCUGUUAUCUAGAAGAUAGAAACAUUUUUUUCCAGAACCACCAGAAGUUAUAAAGCUGCUUAUAUUCUAGCAGAGCAAGCUUGUGAAACUCAGAAGAAGUAAAUUUCCUUCCUAAGUCACCAUUUCCAUUCCUCAGACAGAGAAUGAUAAUCCUAUAGGAAAUAAGCCCUUUAAUUACAUUUUCUUUUUUGCCCUGGAACAGAGCAUUUACUGUGUGCUACGCACUCCAGUACUCCUGCCUGGCAAAUCCCAUGGAUGAAGGAGCCUGAUAGACUGUAGUCCAUGGGGUCGCUAGGAGUCAGACAGGACUGAGUGACUUCACUUUUCACUUUUCACUUUCGUGCAUUGGAGAAGGAAUGGCAACCCACUCCAGUGUUCUUGCCUGGAGAAUCUUAGGGACGGGGGAGCCUGGUGGGCUGCCGUCUCUGGGGUUGCACAGAGUCGGACAUGACUGAAGCGACAUAGCAGCAGCAGCAGCACACACUUAUUGUACUCUCUCGUUAUAGUUUCUCAACAACUCUGUGAGGCAGAUAAUACAUUUUCAGAGAGGAAGUAAAGACAGUAAUUCACUCUAAGUGUGAUUUGUGGCAGAGCCAACAUUGAAAUCCAGGCUUCCAUGAUUUCAAAAUCUUUCAACUAAUGUUAACUGUUAGAAGAGUGUAGGUACUGAAGGAGAAAGAAAAGGUUACUGGCUCAUGAGAACCAGUCCAGCAUUGCUAGUGAAGCAAAGUAGGCAGACUCUCAGCUUAUUACUGAGUCAGAGAAAUAGGAAAGUAAAGAUUAAUUAAAAAUACAUGUAACUUAGAGCUGUGAAUCUCACUGAAGUAGAAUUUGUCUAAGCUUUAACACAAUUAUUCUUUUUAAUUUACCUUUUGAUUAUGAUGUUAUAAAAAGUAACAUGUUACUAGGGCAAAAUAUGCUCUAAAUAGACUUUUGUUGCUCUUCUGUAUGUGAGAAAAA